AUGUUUUUUCCAGUGAGACCCAACAGCACCGCCGAUAGGACCGCAAAGUCCAAAGCCAAGCACUGGAAACAACGUCCCAAGCGUUCAUCGCAGCUCUCCCAGGUACGGUCCUCCCGCACCUCAACCAAGGAUCCCGAACCAGAACCAGUGGUUCAAUCCACCAUCUCCGCCUCGACUUCCCACAGUGAGCCCCCACGUCGCUCCUCGAUGCCCGGCGUUGACACCGAGAGCCGGUCGGGCACGGCCUCUUUCCUCGAAUCGAGAUCCAGUCUACCGUAUCCGAAUUUCUCCAAGGCGCACAGCAAGGAAGAUGUUCGCACAGCAAAUAUCCCUACGCCGGACCCGACCGACCUCACCGAACAGGAGGAUGGGAAAGAGAAUCGACCGAGUCACCACACAGAGAACCACCAAGCCCCUCCAAGUCCACCGCUAACAGGACUGGACCAACCUUCUUCUCGAAGAGGUACACCCGUCGAAGAGGAGGAAAAAGACAAUAGCCCAGAGAAGCCCAAGAAGAAAGCAAGCAUCAAGAUCCGGACGGAGGUGAAUCGCUCGUCGUCCAGCCUGAAGUCUAAAAAGGAUGAUGGAAGCAAGUCUAGCAGAACAGUGCGCGCUGAAACACCCAAGUCCAGGUCAUCUAGGACUGAGAAAGAGAAGGAGAAGGAAUCAUCACCCCGCGCCACCCACAAGCCUUCCAAGACCAAGAUCUCCUCCGAAGAGAAGAAGCUCCCAAAACGAUCUAGCCGCUCUACGAUGUCGCCUUCGCAAUCAAAUUUAACGGCUCGUGAUGUAGGAGCCGAAUCUCUGAAUGGAUCUGAUGCCACCUCUAUCGCCCCGAACCAGCAGUAUAUCCCUACACGAAAACCCUCCCCGCCAAUCGUCAAGCCUCCGUCGCGCACCCAAAACCGGUCGGCAUUUUCUCAUCGUCAUACUCCUAGCGAUGAUUCUCUCGAAUACGGUCGAAAUGUCCCACCCGGCCCAUCAUUUGGGGCACCGCCGCCUCCACCUCCCCCGCCUGCCGUUCCGUUGACUAUCCCGAGGGUUGACUACUUGCUGCAACAUGGUGGUCUUAAGAACAGAGUAUCGCGUACACUGCUCCCCGUGCCCAGCUCAUCCGAUCCUUUCGCCCAGUCCAAUACCCAUCCUCAUCAAGCUGCCGCCAAGUUCUUUGAUCCAUUCAACAGCCUUCUUGAUGAUUACCAAAAAGUGAUGAGCAAAAACGGAUCUAUCGCUGUGGCGACUGGGUAUCGCUCUGUUGCGCGACGGCUAUUAGACCGUCUAGAGGCAGUGUUCGCGCGUGAUAUCUCCUCGGAGCCUUGUAGUUGUCUCAUGUGUGAACGAAGUGAAGAGGAGGAACGCCCAUCUGGAGUAAGCUGGGGAGAAGUUUUGGAGCUAGUUUCUGGUCGUCGCGAACUUCCUAUGUGGCCACCAUUUGUUAUGGCUCCAACCGUUGACACUGGCUUAGCUGGGGAGGAGCAUAUUCCCAUGCAAAAGCUAGAUGUUGAUGUACCAGAGGAGUACCGCGAACAUUUCAUUCGGCAAUCCCGCAAAACAAAGGUUGCCGUGGACAAAUGGCUUUCCGAACAAAAUGAUACACCUAGUAGUGCUCCUGGAGAGGUGGAUGAUGAGACUCUUACUUUCGCCAUGUUGACUUAUCUCGAACCACACCAACGCUCCUUGUUUUGCGCUCUUCUUGGCAUCAACUCUUCGACCCCGGUCCCUCGAUCCGAUGAUGAAAAGGUCCGACCCAAGCCCUCUGCACUUGUUUCCUCGUCUCUAGCAAUUCAGCGACUCUAUCGCCUACCGACACUUCCUCGCGACCCAGAAGCAGCCAUGUUCAUGCUCAACAACCCUGGCUUGCACCACGUCCUAGCCACCCUAUCCGCCAUUAGCGAUGACGAGUGGGAGAUUCUUAUCUCUGGUCGCUUCGACGGCUUCCUUCGCAGUGGUGCCGAGGACACAUCACAGUCUAAUCCUCGCUAUAGCGGCAGCCGUUCCAACACUCCCUUCAGCGCCGGAGGAAUUUCCCGCGGUCCAACCCCCAACUAUAUGGACGGUAGCUUCCGCCCCGGCAGCCAACCCAAUGGAGCUCCAACAUCCCCCGCGCACGGAGGGCCUAUCGCACUAGACGAAGAGACCGAAAUCGCCGCUUUGGCAGAAAUUGAACGCGACAUCUUCCUCGGCAUGGAAGCACUCGAAGACGCUUUCGAAACCCUGCACCUCAAAGCCGAAGUCGUCCGUCGUGCACUCCGAGAACGUGGAGCAGGCCUCUCCGUCGCCAGCCAGGGCCGACGCGGCUCAUUCGUGGAAGCCCGUCUAGGCACACCAGCUUCCGCUAUCGGCGGCUGGGACAGCGGCGAGGAAGACUUCCUCAACGACGAUGACCGCUCUCUAGCCCCAGAUGACUCGGCUAGUAACAUCAGCUCUAACCGGCGUCGUCGACCCAAGCGACGGACUGAGCGCCGUACCCCCGCUCCCGUCGAAGAAGAAGACGAGGAAGAUUCUCAGGUCGGUCGUCGUGAGCGAAACACUAGACGCCGGUAA